GUUUGGUUGCUGAGAAACUGGGGGAAAAUUACAUGAAUUUGAUGUUUUGACUGAAUGCUUGACUUUUCUUCGUUUAGAAUUUUCUCUUCUUUUUCUCUAAUUGACUAGUCAUUUUGAUUAUAACCAUCAUUGUUUCUUCGGUGAGUCAUGGAAAUGGAGAAGGAACAAGAGUUAGAGUGGCUUGAAGCGCAAAAGAUUGGGAUAAGUGUAGAUCUUGUGGCUGCAGCCAAACGCCAGCUUCAGUUUCUUGCUGCUGUUGAUAAGAACCGUUGCCUCUAUGAAGGCCCUGCCCUCCAGAGGGCCAUCUAUAGGUACAAUGCUUGUUGGCUUCCCUUGCUAGCCAAACACUCUGAGUCACAGAUUAUUGAAGGGUUUCUUGUUGUUCCUUUUGAUUGUGAAUGGAUUUGGCACUGUCACCGACUCAACCCUGUAAGGUACAAAACUGAUUGUGAGGAACUAUAUGGGAAAACCCUUGACAACUCCAAUGUUGUAUCUUCCGUUCAAGGUACUUAUAAAAAGGAAACUGAAGAAAUAUGGAAUAGGCUGUAUCCGGAUGAGCCCUAUGACUUGGACUUGACAAAAGCAAUCUUGGAGGAUUCUUCAGCCGAACUUUCCGGACUUGAAAAGUACACAAAAUAUGAUCUAGUUUCAGCUGUCAGUAGACAGAGUCCUUUCUUUUAUCAGGUAUCCAGAUCCCAUGUAAAUAAUGAUAUCUUUCUUGAAGAAGCAGUGGCCAGAUAUAAGGGAUUUCUGCAUCUGAUUAAGAAAAACAAGGAGAGAUCAAUCAAACGCUUUACUGUUCCAACUUAUGACAUUGAUCUUAUUUGGCAUACACACCAAUUGCAUCCUAUUUCAUACUGUAUGGAUGUGACUGUGGUGCUUGGCAAGGUAUUGGAGCAUGAUGACAUGGACCAAGAUAGAAGUAAAGGGAAGAAGCUUGAUACUGGGUUUUCUGGAACCACUAAGCAAUGGGAAGAGACAUUUGGUUUAAGGUAUUGGAAAGCAGGGGCAAUGUAUAGAGGCAUCACUCCUUCUCCACUCACAACAGUUCCCUUCUCAUCUAACCAUGUCCGCAAGGAGGUAAUUCCAUCCAAAGAGUACCAGAAGAUAAUUGAUCUUCCAGAGUUGAAGGUCGUGGAGGUCCUUUUGGAGAUUGUUGCAGUCAAAAACUUACCCGAGGGCCACAAGGGAAGCUUGUUUGUCUUGUUUAGCAAAUCACAGCCUGAUGUUUUCUUUAAUGCCAAGCAGAAACUCACUAUUUUGUCCCAGUCCAGGGUGAAACAAGUUGCUUCUUUCCAAUGUGAACCAACUGGAGAACUUUUGUUUGAACUUGGAUCGCAUUCACCUUCUAAGAUACCCGUAGCAGGGGCAUCAAAAACAAUGGGUACUACUUCACUAUCUCUGCAAAACUUCCUGGAUCCAGUAUCUAAACUUAGAGUGGAAAAAUGGAUUGACCUAAUGCCCAGUUCUGGAACCGUGAGUUCAAAACCAAUCAGUCUUCGCAUUUCUAUCUCAUUCACACUCCCAACCCUGGCAACUCGUGUGCUUCACAUGGUUCGAUCCCGGCCAUCAUCAAAAAGUUCUUGUUUUUUUCCCAUCCCUGGAAUGGUUCAGCAUGCAAAGAGCUGGGCCCGUGUUAUUGAUGAAACUCAUUCUGAGGUGAUCAAACUUCAAAUGAGGGACUCCAGGAACGAGAAGGCAAAAGAUAGCUGCACCCAAAGUAAACAAGUUAUUGGAAUUACAAAGUCAGGCGAAACUCGUCCUCUUGCAGAUAUGGUUGAGAUUGGGUGGUCUUUAAUGGAUUCUCACAGCUGUCUUCAGCUUAAAAAGACAUCCAGUAAAGAACAUCAUAUCUUUGAGCUCAUAGGCAAUAGAAUGAUAAAAAUUUUCAAGGGCAGGAAGCUGGACUAUGAACCUAAAAAUUGUGAGAAGAAGAGAACUGAAGAAGAUUUUAUGACUUUAGUUGAAUUUUCUGCAGAAGAUCCAUACGGCAAAGCAAUUGCAUUGCUUGACCUGAAAACUGGAGUCAUCAAGGUAAAGGAAGAAUGGUUUGUGUUGCCUGCAAUCAUAUCAGCUUUUAUACUUUCUAAUACUCUGAAGAAGAAAGGAUAUGAUGAUUUUGCUGCUAAUAAUGAAAAUUUGAAGGAGGUGAAUGGUGAAAUUGAAGGUGUCAAUGGUCUCCAUGAGGAGGGAGUGCAAACCAACAUGACCACUUCUGUUGAAACUGAAGCAAAGUUAAACAUGGAUGAGGCUAACAUGGUGCAUACUGGUGGAUGUGGAAGUAUGGUGAAUAGUGGUGGCUGUGGUGGGGGCUGUGGAGGGGGCUGCGGAAACAUGGUAAAAAGUAGUGGUUGUGGAGGUGGUAGCUGUGGCAGUGGCUGUGGAGGUGGUUGUGGUGGGGAAUGCGGAAACAUGGUGAAGAGUGGUGGCUGUGGUGGUAAACCUACAUUUGAAGACAAAGUUGACAAUGAGGCAGUAGUUGCUUGAUCUUUAUGCAUAUUGGAGCACUUGCAAGAAGUCAAGACAUCUUAAUAAAAUCCCGUCAAGGGUGUUGUUACUUAU